AUGGCUGAUUUCCCUGCUACAGAGAACGGGAAGAUCUCGUUCAAGAAUCGCGUUGUUGUCGUUACCGGUGCUGGAGGUGGUCUCGGUAAAACGUAUGCCUUGUUCUUCGCUUCGCGUGGAGCAAAGGUGCUCGUGAACGACCUGGGGUCAACACCGGACGGCAAGAAGGCCGCAGACUUGGUCGUAGAAGAGAUCCAGAAGGCCGGUGGUGAGGCCAUGGCCAACUAUGACUCGAAUGGUGAAGGCGCCAAAAUCAUUCAGCAAGUUAUCGACAAGUGGGGCCGUGUGGAUAUUUUGAUCAACAAUGCCGGUAUCCUGCGUGACCGCUCUUUCAAGUCCAUGAGCGACAAGGAGUGGGACCAAGUUAUGGCUGUCCAUGUGCAUGGGUCAUUUGCCUGCGCACACGCCGCGUGGCCACAUAUGCGUAAGCAGAAGUUCGGACGUAUCAUCAACACAUCAUCAGCGGCUGGUCUGUACGGGAACUUUGGCCAGGCCAACUACUCGGCGGCCAAGCUUUCGCUCGUAGCAUUCAGCAAGACGCUGGGGAUUGAGGGUCAAAAGUACAACAUUCUGGCCAACUCGAUUGCACCAGUCGCUGCGUCGAAGAUGACUGAGACAGUCAUGCCGCCGGAAAUGCUGGAGAACCUGAAGCCGGACUUUGUGGUGCCGAUUGUGGCGUACCUUACGUCUGCUGAGAACAAAGACGUGAAUGGCGAGGUAUUCGAGAUGGGUGCAGGCUUUUAUGCGAUGCUCCGUCGCGAGCGCUCGCACGGCCACGUGUUCCGCACGGAUGCCUCGUUCACGCCGGAGGCUGUGCGUGAGCAGCUAAACACCAUCCUUGACUUUGACGAGCGUCCAGAGUACCCGCAGCGCAUCACCGAUGCCAACUACCUGGAGCUGCUGGAACGUGCUAAGGAGGCACCGGAGAACCCACAGGGCGACCACAAGAUCAACUACAAGGACCAGACAGUGCUCAUCACAGGUGCUGGUGCCGGUCUUGGGCGUGCAUACGCCCUCUUGUUUGGCAAGUUGGGUGCGAAUGUCGUUGUCAACGACAUGAGCGACAAAGCCGCCAUCGCUGUGGUUGACGAAAUCAAAAAGGCCGGUGGUAAGGCUGCGCCCAGCAUCGGCAGCGUGGAAGACGGCGAGCAGCGCGUGAAAGAUGCCGUCGAUGCGUUUGGCAGCUUGCACGUGGUGGUCAACAAUGCUGGUAUCUUACGCGACAAGUCCUUCGCCGGCGCUUCCGAGAAGGACUGGCACCUUGUGAUGAAUGUCCACCUGCGCGGUACGUACAAGGUGUGCAAGGCUGCGUGGCCGAUCUUCUCGCAGCAAAAGUACGGCCGUAUCAUCAACACGACGUCCGCGGUGGGCAUCUAUGGCAACUUUGGCCAGGCCAACUACUCGACAGCCAAGUCGGGAAUUUUAGGUCUGACACAGACACUGGCUGUGGAAGGUGAGCGCAACAACAUCUUGUGCAACACCAUUGCGCCCAACGCCGGCACAUCCAUGACAGCCACCAUCUGGCCUCAGGAAAUGGUCGAUGCGUUCAAGCCCGACUUUGUCGCACCUCUUGUCGCAUACCUCGGCAGCAACGAAUGUGAGACGACCAAGUCGCUCUUCGAGGUAUCGGGUGGUUGGAUCGCUGCUGUGCGCUGGGAGCGUGCGGGCGGCUGCUCGUUCUCGACCGCCAAGCCAGUGACGCCAGAGAUGAUCCAGAAGAAGUGGGCCAAGAUCACAGACUUCGACCCCGAGCGUGCGAGCUGGCCAACGGCGCCUAGCGAGUCGCUGGGCGACAUGGUCGCCAACUUUGGCAACGAAGAGCCAGAGGACGAUGACGGCGCUGAUGCGGCUGCGGGCGGCGACUAUGUCGACCCAGAGGAUACACCAGAGAUCAAGCAAGCGAAACAGACAGAAUUCGAAUCGACAGACUUUGCGUACGAGGAUCGCGACGUCAUCCUGUACAACCUCGGUGUGGGUGCGACAGAAAAGGACUUGGAUCUUGUGUAUGAGCAGGCCGACGAAUUCAAGGCGCUCCCGACGUUUGGUGUGAUCCCGCCUUUCUCGGCUGGCGGCAGCAUCCCCUUCGAUUCGUUCCUGCCGAACUUUUCGCCAAUGAUGCUCCUCCACGGCGAGCAGUACCUAGCGAUCAAGGGGCCGAUUCCGACGUCGGCCGUGCUGGUGAACAAGCCGCGUGUCAUCGAGGUGCUUGACAAGGGCAAGGCCGCUGCUGUCACGACGCUCACGACGACAGUGAACAAGAACACAGGUGAGCCUGUGUUUGAGAACCAGAUGACGACAUUCAUCCGUGGCUCUGGUGGAUUUGGCGGAAAAAAGACAGGCCGUGACCGCGGCAAUGCUUCGGCUGCGAACAAGCCGCCUUCGCGCCCGGCUGACAAGGUCGUGUCGGAGAAGACAACCGAGUCGCAAGCGGCUCUGUACCGGCUGAGCGGCGACCUGAACCCGCUACACAUUGAUCCGAGCUUCGCAGCUGUGGGUGGCUUUGACAAGCCGAUCUUGCACGGGCUGUGCUCAUUCGGCAUUGCUGGUAAGCAGGUGUACCGUGCCUUUGGUCCAUACAGUGACAUUAAGGUCGUGGAGCGUGGCACACAAGCCCUCGGUGCAGCUGCGGUGACGCUCGCGAACUAA